CUUGUUACUUGACUCUAACUUGACUUGACUUGGGUUAAUUAUCUUGGUUACCUUGCUUCCAUUUCUUUCUUCAGCCUCGUCUUGUGGUUUCAUUUUGAAUCGCCUUCAUCUUCAACACCACUCAAUCACUUCAUCAACGCAGACGCAGACUCGCCCAUCAUGGCGUCGUCAUCGACUCCUGCAACUCCCCUACUCUACUCCUGUAUCGCGCACAAUACCACGAUCCUCUCAGAAUGCACAACAUCGGCCUCCUCCCAAACCUCAUCCCUCGCCUCCCUCAUCCUCCCCAAGAUCGAACACACAAACCCUCAAAAGCUCACCUACACCCACGGCCAACACCAAAUCCACUAUGUCUCCGAAUCUCCAUCUGAACAUCGCGAUUACCCUUCCGCAGGCGGUCUAACAUUCCUCGUCAUCGCCGACUCAUCUCUCGGCCGUCGCGUACCAUUCGGUUAUCUCUUCGAAAUCCGCAAGCGCUUCCUGCAGCAAUUUCCUGAGAGCACUGACUUCUCCGACAUGCCCAACUACGGCGCAGCAUCGUUCAACUCGGAACUGAAGUCUCUUAUGAUCGAAUACGGUACUACAAGCGGAGGUCGCGACGACGCUAUCGGAAACGCCAAGCGCGAGAUCGACGAUGUUAGGGGGAUUAUGACCAAGAACAUUGAGAGUCUUCUUGAGCGCGGCGAAAGGCUGGACUUGCUGGUUGACAAGACGGACCGUCUCGGUGGUAGCGCACGAGAGUUCCGCGUGCGCAGUCGUGGCCUCAAGCGCAAGAUGUGGUGGAAGAACGUCAAACUCAUGGCACUCUUGGCACUCGUAGUAUUCCUCAUCAUCAUGGCUAUUGUGAUCGCUGUCAAGAAUGGGUCUGGUUAAGGUAGGGUUUGUGAGCGUGGAGCCAUUCCUUUUAAUUAUUUCCUUCUCGUUUGAAACUGUGUAUUUCCUAGGCGAACAGAUGGGACGGACAACCCGGGCAAAAGGGUAUAAUUAUGCAACAAAGUCCUCUUUUCAAUCAAACUGAUACCCCCAUAU